UUACCAGACCCCACUACCAAACUUCCAACACAACGCUCCUUUUCAAAAUUUCCUACUUUAACAAUCACAUGGCUUGUUGCACGCCUUUUUCAUUUGAAAAUUCAAAUUUCGAAACGGUUACACUUGAUCAAAUCAAUGAAAACGCCCCAUAAAUUAAUUCAUAAUAAAAACAAACUUAAAUAAAUACCACUAUAUUUUUUAGUGAAAUUUGGAACUUUGCAAAGAAACAUGGGAGAAUCAGUUUCGUUUGGGAGGUUCAUGACGGAGUCAUUAGCUUGGGACAAAUGGUCAACAUUCUCUCAGAAUCAGAAUCGUUAUGUUGAAGAAGCUGAGAGGUUUUCAAAACCGGGUUCUGUUGCACAGAAGAAAGCUUUCUUUGAGGAACAUUACAAGAAACUUGCAGCUCAAAAAGCAGCUGCGUUGCUUGAACAAGCAACAAUUGAUGAGGCAGAAAGUGCAAAACCUGAAGUUGUUGAUAAUGAAGAAAAUGUAGUAGCUGUGAAGGAAGAUAAGGCUUUUGUAGGGAAUUCAAUGCAAAAUCAAUUUGAAGAUGUUGAUAAUGAUGAUACUAGUAAGGAUCUAAGUGAAAAGAAAGGCUCUAACUUUGGGAUGGAAGUUUUGCAAUCAAUGGACAAAUCGACAAGUCCUAUUAUUUCCGCUAGAGAUAAUAUAUCUACACCAAUGAACAAUAAGGCUUCAUUAAGAAAGAAGAGAUCAAAAGCUAAGUCAUUACCCAUGUCAGCUAAGUUUGCACUUAUUAGACAAAUUAAUAGAUUGAAUUCAAUAUUUAUGAAGAAAUUUGAAACUACAAGAGGUGGUUCUGGUUCUUCCAUAGCUUCAAAGGAUAUAUGGAUUCCUCUAACAACACCAACUAAGGGCUGCAAGAAUGAGUUACAGAAGCACCCUUCAUUUUCUCCAUUAUCAGAAAAGAAAAGAAACAUAAUGAAAUCACCUACUAUAUCUUCCCAACUCAGCUUGAGAACAGAAGAAAGGACUCCGCGUAGAAACAAGGAGAGAGCACACAAAAAGAAUAGAAAACUAAGACUAUGCUUUUGUUUCAAACCGAGGCCAAUACCUGAGUUUAACAAUGAAAGGGAAUAUUCUAACAGAGGGAAAAAGGAGGAUUCACUGACACCAGGAAGAAGAGUCACUUCUAGAGUUCGAAGCAAAGGCUCUUUAUCUUCUGAGAGUGUCAUUACUUAUGAAAAUAUGUCUCCAAAUAUUCAGCAUGGAAUCAAGAAUGAAAGAAAUAACUAAUUUUUUUUUAUAGAAGAGAAUACAGAAUCACUGAAUGAUGUCAUGGGACCACUUCUUGUUGUCAUAGUUUAUAUGUAAACUCUAAACAGGUAUUAAAUUGUAGUUGCAGUUUGGUUAUGCAGCAAUGUUGGAUAAAAGCUAAAGCUGCAAUCACAACUACAAUAAAGUUUUAGAGUUGAAUUGUACAUAUAUCUUAGGUUCAUGAAAAUGACUUGUGAUGAUGCCUUUUGAUGCAUGCGUGUAAACUAUUAAACAUAUUGCAAUAUGGUAUGGUCCUGUGUGAGAGACUUCCUUUGUUUAAAA